AAUGUCUGAUGAUAUCUAUACCAAUGCAGACAUCAUUCAGAAUAAUGAACCCCUGAAAGGUACCUCCAGCCUCGUGGAACAGACAUCAAGGAGGUCUCAGCAUUCUGGAUCCGAGCCUGCAGGGGCACGACGCUACAGACUGGCCAUCGUGUGUCUUGGGAUGCUGUGUUUACUCCUGCUGUUGAUCUCCACAGUCAUUUAUGUUUACUUUAAAGGAGCUCUUAAUGAAGCUGAAAAGAAGGGUGGAAUGUUAACGGCAGAGAGAGACCAGCUACAGGUUAAUUACAGCAUAAUGGCAGUUCAAGUUUCUCAGCUUGAAGACAAAAUGAGACGUUUUGCAGAAAACAGAUGUCCUGAGGGCUGGAACAGUUUCCAUUUAAAAUGUUAUUACAUCUCUGGUAAAAAGAACACCUGGGUCAAGAGUCAGGAGGAAUGUAGACAGAAAGGAGCAGAUCUGGUGGUUAUAGACAGCAAAGAGGAACAGAUUUUCCUCAGUCAGUUCCAGAGAACCUGGAUUGGUCUGAUAGACAAAGAACAUAAAGGGAUCUGGACAUGGGUGGAUGGGACACCACUGACCACAAGUUACUGGGCAUCAGGGGAGCCAAAUGAUUUUGACAUAGACGAGGACUGUGUUGAGAUACGCUUAGCACAUGAGACACUGAAGAACUGGAAUGACUUACCUUGUUCUGCAGAAAUAAACUGGAUUUGUGAACAGGGAGGAGUUAACUGAGAUCAACCGCCAGCAGAUAUAAAAAUGACUGGUGAUUUAUUUUUUUUACAUUUAGUAACAUGAAGUUUCUCAAAUGCCCUGUCUUAGUAAAGCUGUUAUGAAUAUUUAGAGACAGUUUUCAGUUUUCUUGAGUUUUUUUGUUUUGGUACCUGUUCCCCGUGUCAGAUGCAGCAAAUCAGCCCCAAAACAAACCUGAGGCCCCUCCAUGUUUCACAGAAGGUAUGAUGUUCUUUUCUUUUGGAGGUUUAUUUUUCUGUCUGUAAUCAUAGAUCAUAAAGCUCCAGUUUUGUCUCAUCAGUCCAAAGAACAUUCUUCCAGAAACUUUGAGGCUUGUGAACAUGCAUUUUGGCGAAUUCCACUCUGACUUUUUCUGGAGCCCUGGGUCUUCUGCCAUGGAGCCCAUUAUUCUUCAAGGUUGAAUGAUUUUGGAUGGUUUCCUUGACUCUUUUGCUACUAUCCGCACUAACUUUCUGAUCAACCUGGGGUUGCAUUUCCUCUUGCAUCCAGUUUUCAAGAUAAAAACUGAAAACCUUCAAGUGUCUGAGCUGGUCCUCUGUUCACUAUGUCAUACUGCGUCAGUUUUGAUGUUAUUGGUCUCAAAAUGUAUAUAUCAUGUUAUGACCUUAUUGAUAAAGAGUCUAAUGUUUCUUCAAUGGCGUAAUGUAAAAUGAAGUCCAAAGGAAAACAAAAUCAGAUGAUUUAUGAAGUUAGUAGAACUGUACUUUUUGUGACGCAAAAUAAAAGAAUGAUAACCAGAACAAAAGAGUACAACUUUGGGCGAACUGGCACUGAAAUAAUAAACAAAAAGAAAAUCGGUGAACUGGCUGGGAGUCAAACACAGACCUUCCACAUGGUAACUGAAGAGUCUCCCACUGCACCACUAACUACAAAAAGAAUUCUCUAAAGAGAAAGCAACCCGAAAGACAAAGACAAAAAAACAAUAACUAUAACAAUAACAACCAGGAAAAAAUAUAUGGCAAAGCAGAUGAAAGUAAAGAACACACACCCAUCCAAGUCCUGACAGCAUGGUGUGCAGGUAAUGUUUCUGUGAACAAGUAGUAAGAUCCAUCAAAUACUUUUUCGACUUAUCACAUUUGCAAGAUCAAAUCUUUUUUCAUGCUUCCUUUUGCUGUCAAAGUGGUGUCGGCUCAAUUUCAGGGCAAGCUGUCUCAAAACUUAACCACUUCCAUUUCAGCAGCUGUACAAUAACCCAUACAGCCUAACAGAGGUGCCACAGUCAGACUUUUAACCAAACAUUGCUCUGUAGCCUGACUGUUCUCCAUUUUGUUAUUAAUGAUAUGAAUAGGAAUCCAAAGCAGAUGAAUGUCAUUGGUCUGUUCAGAUUAGAAGGGGGUUCAUGAGGGAAUUCUGAGGGAAUGCAUGUGUGAUACAAAAUUCAUGAUUAUGCAAAUAUAUACACAUACCUAAUCAGUAAUUAAUAAUAGAAUUUAUAAUGAUGCUGUUAAUUUACCUAUAAUGAUUGAAACAAUAUAACCUCUCUUGAAUCAGUCUGAUGUAUCAAGCACAAUGUACU